CUCGAAGAACUCCUCGAUGCGCAAGGAUCGCUCGAGCCGCGACGUUGAGCGCGACGUCGGCAUCUUUGACUAUGCGACGCCUGAUGUCGCGGGCUUUGGCGGCGCCCUGAAGGUCACGCCGGCUGAUUUUCAGGUCAACGAGCUGCGCGCCUCUGGAGAGGAGGUGUCGCUGGACUCGUCCCCACUGCCGGAGGACGCCGGUAGCGAGGGCAGCAACGUGCGGUUUGUGCUGCAAAAGGAGCGGCUCGACACGCUCGGCGCGCUCGCCGAGCUGGGCUCGCUCCUCGGCGUGCCCACUCGCUCCUUCUCCGUGGCUGGCCUGAAGGACUAUCGCGCCGUGACGACGCAGGAGGUCGUGGCGCGAGACGUGACACCCGAGGCCGUCGCGGCGUGCGCUCCGCCUCCCUGCCUGAGGCUCGGCCGCGCCUGGCCGACCGCAACCAAGCUGCGGCUCGGUGGCUGCGGGGGCAACCGCUUCCGCAUCGUCGUGCGCGGCGUGGCGGGCGGCGGGCGGCGCAUCGACAAGGCGCUGCGGGCGCUGAAGCGGCGCGGCUUUAUCAACUACUUUGGGCUGCAGCGCUUUGGGUCCGGGGCGAGCGUCAACCACGAGGUUGGGCUCGCGUGCCUGCUGCGGCGGUACGACGACGCGGUGUGCAAGGCCCUCUCUCCGCCGGCCGGUGGGCGGACCAGCUCGGCAGAGCUAGAGGCGCACGAGGCGUGGGCGGUCGGGCGCGACGCCCGCUCCGCUCUCCGGCUGAUGCCUCGCAGCCGCCACCUGCAGCGCGCCCUGCUCGCACGGCUCGCCGGCGAGGCGACCGACGGCGGCGGGGCUGGCGCUGGUCGCGCGCGGCAGCCCAACGGGUGGAGCGACCUCACCUCGGAUGCGUGCCGUGACGCGGUCCUCUCGCUGCCGCUGCCGCACCGCCGCCUGCUCGCCCACGCCUACUUCUCUCGCCUCUGGAACAUCGCCGCCUCAGAGCGGCUGCGCAGGUACGGCGUCGGCCCCGCACGCGAGGGAGAGCUGGUCUGGCUGCGACCCGCCGACUUGCCGCCGGGCUGCGAGUGCGACGGCUGCGCACAGGCAGCCGCGGGAGGCGGAGGGCCACACGCCUACGAGCGGGGGAGGAGGCGGCGGCGGUCCGUCCACAUCGUGAGCGCGGCAGAGGCGGCGGCGGAGGUGUUCGCCGCCAAGCAGGUGGUGCUCCCCCUCGCGGGGAGCCGCACCCUCUUCCCGCGCGACGAGGUUGGCUCGCUGCUGCGGCGCCUCCUCUGCUACGACGGAGUCGACCCGGACGGAGGCGAGCUGGAGGUCUCCUCGGACAAGGAGCAGCCGCCGCUGCCGCUGCUCGGCUCCUACCGACGGCUGCUCCUUCGCCCGCGCCGCAUGAGCUGGGAGCUGCUCCAGGCGAGUUCACACGAGACGCACCGAGACUCGCGAGAGAUGAGCGGCCAGCUCCCCAGCUGGCAGCUCCCAAAGGGCGCGCGGAGAGAGGCUGUGGAGGGGCAGCGCAUGGAGGCGGCCGCUACAGUGGGCAUGCUCGAUGCCAGCGCCGAGGGGGAGGCAACUUGCGAUGUCGCGGUGCAGUUCGACUUACCGCCUGGUGCCUAUGCGACUAUGGCGCUUCGUGAAGUUAUGAAGACGCAGCCUCCCCCGGCGCGCCUCAGGCAUAUUCGAUUCGAUCCCUAA